GGCGGGUUUAUUUGUCCUGUUGGAGGAGCCUCAGAUAAGACCUGCAGGGUGGGUGAGGAGAUGUCAUUUGUCUACUGGGCUCUGUAGCUGGCUGGCUGAAGCGGCGAUAUAAUGGCACUUUACUGUGUCCGGACCAAAGUGACACUGGCCUGCCAGUGCUGCAGGGGACGCCAAGCAGAGGCACGGAAUCCAGAUCAGCCUCAGAAUCCCUCCGCAUUGUGGAGACCCUGGAUGAUGACAGCCAGAGACACCGAAAAGCAGAGACUGAGCUCGUUUGGUUCUGGGAGCUCCCCCGAGACCAGGAAACCCUUGGGAUUUCAACACCCAGUCAGGCUGUAUCUACCCAGGUCCAAAGCUGAACAUUACCUGCAUCACAUGGGAGAAAAGGUUCUAGCGAGCUUCCCUGUUCAGGCAACAAUUCAUUUCUAUAAUGACGAUUCAGAUACAGAGGAGGAGGAGGAGGAGGAGGAGCUCAUGUCCUGUGGCUUAGAAUCAGAAGAUGCCCCGGAAACAAGAGGAAUGUUUUGGAAACAGUGAGGGGAGUCACAGAAGGAGAUGGAUCAGCUUCAAAGCGGAAAAGCUUGCCUUCCCAAAGUGAUACCACAACAAAACUAAAGGCUAACUCAGAUCACUACCCACUAUUCUCAAUUGUAGCUGUAACUUAGACCGGUGCAAUUAAAUAUUUGUAUUUAUCACUGCAAGGAAAUGACAAUUUUGCACUG